AUGCCUAAGAAAGGGAAAAAAGCCAAGGCACCCCUGACCGAUGAAGAGCAGCUGCUUCUGUUUCAGCAGAAGUUGUUGGUAGAGGAGGAGAUGGCGAAGAAGAAAGAGAGACUCCUCAGCCAAUUCUUGAAGGACAAACUGGCCAAGGAGGAGCACAACAGUGCAGUGAACCUUAAUAAGAUUACCACACAGUGGAGAACCGUGCUUCGGGAAGUCAAGACCAGAGAGCUUCAUAAGGACAUUGAGAUCCUCAGCCAAACAUUUGAACGAGUGGUGGACUGCAAAGACAGUGUUAUCAAGUCUUUAGCUAAGGACCUGUCGGAAGCUGAGGAGCAGUAUGCCUAUGCCCUGCGCAGCCACCUGCACAACGUUGAUCAGCUCUUGGCCCUGCAGAGGCGCAGGCUCAAUCUCCUGGAGGAAAGUUACAACAUGGAGCUGGAGACCUUAACCAAGGAGUUUGAGACAGAAAGGAAGACAAUUAUUGACCAACAUGAGAAAGAGAUUCACUACCUACAAGAUGUCUUCAUGGCCAUGGAGCAGAACUAUACAGAUUCCGAGUAUGAAAGCAAGCUGGAGUUCCAGAGUAUGUGGGAUGAUCUCAAAAACAAGAAUUUAGAAGAGAAACAUUUUCUACGAAUACAACUGGAGAACACAGUGGAAGAUCUAUGGAAAAGGUUCCAGGACGCACUCAAGAAUUACACUGAUGCCACAGAGGAUCGGAAGAUUGCCUUUGAGACUCUAAAGGUGAAGGAUGAGAAAAGCUCCAAAGAGAUUGAAGCACAGAUGAAAAAAAUACAGAAACUACAGGAGGCCAUAAGCAUUUCAAGAGGCAAGAUCAUGCUACACAGCCGUGACAGUGAAGAGCAGAACCAGUGUAUCCGUAACGACAAGGAGUUGGUCCUUGUACAACUGCGAAAACUUAAAGCCCAAAGGACUCAGGCCCGGGCAAUAUCUCAGGAGAACUUAGUCAAACUCACCUUGGAAAGUAAUGCCACCCUCAAGGCACUGAAAAAGAUUGUUGAUAAGGGUGAAAAGAUCCUUAAACUUGCUGAAAUGUGUAGGAAAUUUGAAACGGAAGAAGAGAAAGUGCUGCCUUUCUAUUCAUCAGUACUGACUCCCAAGGAUCAGGAGGAGAUUGAGGCACAAAGCCUGGAAGAGCUUUCCCAGCAGGAGGAGCUCGCAAAGGUGAUAGAGGACUAUAUGGGGAUGGAGAAUUUCUGGAAAAGGUACAACAAAGUGAAAUUGGAGCUACUGAGCCUCCAACACAGACGAACCCAGCUGCUAGAAAUAAAUGAGAAGCUGCGGGAGAUGCUGAAGCAGUACUUGGAUGGCAUCUCAGUGAGUGAUGAAGUGCUGAGCCAGCUCAAUCCACUCUUCAUAGUCAACCAUAGAAGCAACUUACCCAAGCCUUUGUCUAUAGCCCAGUCAGAUGUACAACCUCCAACCACCUACAACAUCAUCGAAGCAGCUCAUGUGAUCUCCAAUAUUCUGUGAUCCAAGGAGAAAAUCCCUUUCCAACACCCAAGAUUUUUUUUUUUUUUGAGACCUGAGUGCUUUGCUAUUAAAAAACUUCCACAGUUUG